GCCCCUCCCUGCGUCUCUUUGCCCCGCACUCUUCUACGACUGUACCCACGACAAUGAGCCAGCAGCAAGCAAGUUCACUCCAGCAGCAACUCUGGCUUUUGCUGCUGUUGCUGCUGCUGCUGCUGCUGCCUGCGGCAGCACCCGCGGCACUGAUGAACUUGUCCCCUUUACUCUUUCGGUGGUUCACGAGCGCCGCCUUUACCACGACUUCCACCCCGAAGUCCCGCUGCGAAACCCUGCUGCAGCAGCAGCAGCAGCAGCAGCAAAGCCCGCAGCAGCAGCAGCAGAAGCAGCAGCAGAGGAGGGCGUGGAGGUGGUGUGGCCCGGAGAGGCGCAGCAAGUGGCCGUGCGGGGCGAGUGGGACGGGUGGGCUGCGGACGUGCCGCUGGAGCGCUGCAGCAAGGGUUUAGGGUUUAGGGUUUUGCUGCAGCAGCAGCAGCACUUCCGAAACCCUCAAGGCAGCAAAAAGGAGACAGUGCAAUUCAAGUUCAUUGUCGACGGCCAGUGGAGAUACAGCCCAAGCAGCCCCACAGUCUCCGACGGCCGCGGCAACAUCAACAACAUAGCUGCGCUUCCGGGGGCCAAGUUGCCCGGGUCGUUGCCGGGGCUGCUGGGCGUGCGCCCCGUGUUGAACCGGCUGCACCUGCGUUUGGCCGAGGAAGGGUUUAGCCAAUUUGCUGUUGAGCUUUUGGGAGAAGAUUUAAUUUUAAUAAAAAGAAUAAACCCUCAAACCCUAAAUUGUUGUUACACGUUAGCCCGCUGCGCCUACCCCGGCUGCAACGCCGAAGCCCCCCUGCCCCCCGUGGUGCUGAGCGGGAAGAUAACGGAGGUGGCGUUGGUGGCGAGUUUGCAUGCAGAGUGUGGGGCUGUGGGGCGGUUUGCUGCUGACAGCAACUUCAUAAAUGGGGUUGAGGGUUUAGCGAGGGUUUACGAGGGUUUGGAGAGUGUGGGGCAGUGUACGUACACCGCAGCGACUGGGGAAACGACGCUGCUGCUGCAGCAGCAGUUCGUGCCGGGCUCUGCUGCAGUGCUGUUUACGGCGCCGGAGGACCCGCUGCUGCUGCAGCAGCUGCAGCAGCAGCUGCGCGAAACCGUCGAAAGGGCCCCCGCGCUGCUGGCAGCAGCAGCAGCAGCAGAACUCAACUGUCUCCUUUAUAAGUGCAACAGCGAAGAGACAGAUGCUUCGUGUGGGGCCCGCGGGGUGUACGUACUCCCGGGCUUUGGACCACUGGUCUACAGUGGUUUGGCGGGGCUGGUGGGGGCCUUCGACGCUGCGCGGCAGCAGCAGCAGCAGCAGCAGCAGCAGCAGCAGCCCAUUUGCGAGAACCUCCGCGCUGGCCUGUGGCUGCUGCAGUACACCGUGGACCGCCUCGCGGGCCAGAGCACGCUGCUGCCGCUGCAGCAGCAGCUGCAGCAAACCCUGCUGCUGCUGCAGCAGCUAAAGGGCUACAACUGGAUAAGACCCUACAUAGUGGACCGGCUAAUAAGUGGGGUUUACGCGCAGGUGGGGGCUUUGGUGUGGUCGCGCAUUCCUGCUGCUGCACCUCGCCCUCGCCUCGCUGCAGUGCUACGGCGCUGUUGCUUCCGCCCCACUCAUCUGGGGAUCGAACGAUCCCAGCCUUGCUGCUGGGCUGCCCCACUUCGCCACGGGCUUUAUGCGCAACUGGGGCCGAGACACUUUCAUCGCCAUCAGGGGCAUACUCAUUGCCACCGG